AUGCAUAAGCUUGUAUUCUGCUGUUUCAUUAUCAGCUUCUCCUGUCCUCUCUCAUCUCUCCCCAUCAUCAAUGACAGUGAGAUGCCUUAUCAACUCUCAGCUGAUGAAGAUUUGAGAUUAAAUCUGGAGCAGCUGGGCAGCCUAGGAAGCGCUUCCCUGUUUCAGCUUCUGCCAGAGCUCGUGGGCACACUGACUGAAGAUAACAAAGCAGGUCUUAGCCCCAGCAGCUACAGCCCAAGGGAAAAUAUCAAAGAGGCUUUCUAUGGAAAUCAUCCUCGAAUUGCUUUGCUGGGCCGCUUCUUGACCAAGGGCAGAAAACAAUACAAGAAACGUGGGAAUCUUUCCGAGUGCUUCUGGAAAUAUUGUGUGUGA